AAUAGCCAUUAUUUUUCCCUUCUCACCGUCGACGGCCUCUCCGCUUUCUCCUCUCGCUCGCCCUUCUGCAACCCUAGAAUCGCCACCUGCGCCACCACCGAAAUCCCAUCUUUCUGAUCCUUCCGCCACCGUUCUUUCCUCCGAUCUCGAUCCCUUUGCGUGUCGCGAAGGGGAGGUUCCAUGAACUGCGAAACCUGCCAACUCAAGGAACUGGUGGUGGUGCCGACAGAGAUACAAGAUGUGCUGCGUUGCAUAUUGCAUACAAUUAUCUUCCAUAGAGCAUUAGGACUUGUUCGGCCCAAGGAUGUUGAGUGUGAACACUUCGAGCUCACCUAUGUUCGUUGUGGAGAUCAUGAGAUUGAAAAGAAGAUAGAUGAAAAGAUUGACCAGUUCAUUGGUUGGGUAGAGAAACAUCCAAACAGAAAAGGCCAGGUAUGCUUAUCUUUUUACGAGAUCAAAAACAAGCAUGCAACAUGGUUUUUCAUCAGACUCCUCUUUUGGUUGGCAUGCUGAUGUGCUUAAGAGGAUGCUGCAGACUGGACAUCCUUCCAUGCUCAGUUGACUUUAAAAUUAUGCAGG